AUGGACAUUUUAAAAGUUCUGCUUAUGAUUUUUUUCCUCACCUUUCAAAUGGUCAACGCCGGUGCUACGGACGAUGUCAGCUGUCCUGGCAACGGCAGCACGAAAGUCUGCCGAUUCGAAAACUGCAAAUUCGAAGUCUUGUCAAAAACUCUGCCGGAGUUGAUCAACAGGACCGACGUGGAUGUCUUAGAUUUCAGAAAUGUUUCUGUUGCUGAUAUUCCACCAAAGUUGUUUGACGACCUCAUAGUGGAUAGUCUGAUUUUAAACAACGUGAGUGUAAAGCACAACGUAUCCGUUCACUUAUUGGGAGAUGUUGCUGGCAUUAGAGUGCUGGAUGUGUCCAACUCCUCUGCCAUUGAUAGCGUUCUAAGGGCUGGAAAUGAAUUCCUGGCACCGGUUACCGAUACCCUGGAAAAAAUUGUCAUCAGAGAUGUCGCUACAAAUUAUCAUCGCACGGUUUUUGAGGGAUGCGACAAGGUGACCGAACUGGAGUUGCACUGUGACCCACAAUGGCAUAGGCUGUUAGAUAAUUUUAAAAAUUUGAAAACCCUCAAGUUCAUCGGUUUCAACGGCAAGAACUUUCCAGUCCUCUCAAGAACUCGUAGCAUUCAGGAGCCGAUUUUAGACCGAGUUAGAUUCGAAACAACCAAUCCAGAUAUCAGAAAGAUUAUUGACGGUCAAAGCAAAGAUAUCGCUUUUAAGGAAUCGUUUUCUAAGGUUGACCUUAAUAAGGUCACGACGACUGAGGCUACCAAAGAGCUGGACUUAGAACCGAUCGAAUAUUAUCAGCUCAGCAAUUAUUUAAUGCACGAGGUUGAGAUAGGCAACUCUACUACGAGUUCACCUUCAAAAAAAGGAACAUCAAAGCCGAUAGAUGGAUCGGUACCUAUGGUUGUCAGGCCAGGAAUGCAUUGGAGACCUCGAAAGUUGAAUACUUUGAAUUUCUGA